UGAAUCAUCAUCCAGCAGACCUUCCCCCUGUUUACAUUUACAGCGAUAUCUCAAUCCACCAUGAGCAACAUCAACUUCCGUUUGGCUAACAAGGGGGAUCUCGAGAAGCUGAUAGAAAUCAGCAACCGCCCUUCUAACAUUAAAGAAGGGUCGACUGUUUCGUAUCUCUUGGAAGACAGAACUCAGCACCCAGACACCAUUCCUGCUGCUUGGGAAGGUACUAUCCUCGACUUUAUCUACAGCGCUGGUGGGUGGUACACUUCUGUGGUGGCGGAAGUAGAGGAGACACGAGAGGUCGUGGGGUACUGCGUCUGGGAAUGGUUUGAGUACGACGAGAAGGGCAAACAAGUCAUGGAGAGCCGCAGGCCGGCCAAGCUCCAGGCAAUCUGGGAUGGGAUGGGCGCCGAGGAACCAACACACCGGCCUCCACGGACAUACGGCCCUGAAGCAUACCAAGACGGACUUCUACAGGCUAGAUGGGAUACAGCAACCAAGGAACAGUAUGAAGUUAUCCACGAAGCCUUUUACGCCCUCGCCGGUUUGACAAAGCUUUCUCAGUUUUGGCAGAUCAGACAUGUGGCGGUAGAUCCGCGCCCCGAGCACAGGGAUGUGGCAGAGAAACUCGUGAGAUGGGGCGUGGACAUUGCGGCAAAGGAGGCUUUGUGGGUGGUAGUUCCUUGCUACGGGGGAGAAAAGGACCUCUACGACAGGCUCGGGUUCACCUCUCGGGCCUACUUCACUGGUAUUGCCGCCCCAGACGACAAGGUGCUUAACCAAGAAUGGCUCCAAAAGGAUCCCAGGAAGCCAGCCGAGCGGCAGCCGCCGGAGCCCGCCGCACCACACUUCGCAGUUUGGGGGUAA